AUGAAGGAGGGAGUUUCCUGGGAGCUCACUGACAUGCCUUCAGUCUGUACGCCCUAAUUUUGGCGAGGUGCCUCCUUGCCUCCAGCUGCCAGGUGCGUCGUGCCCUGGGUGUCCUCAGACCCCGGGGUCACCCUCUCGAUUUAUUCAUUUAUACAGUAACACCCCUCCCUUCUCUCGCUCUUACACACACACACACACUUCUAAUUCCUCCCCAGCAGAUCCCCUGUUCCGACCGCCGCCCCCUCCCUUUUGGUACAGUGGAAGGCGGCUGCUUGCGAUUUGCCAUCCGUCUGCUGGGCUCCGGCGGUGGCGGCGGGGGUGGGAGGGGAGUGUUGUUUGUAACUUUCCUGGCUCGGUGGCGGUGGGUCCCAGGGGAGCAGGCCCUCCGCCGCUCUCUCAUUGGUCGCCCAGGCGUCAGCUGGUGCUAUUUGCUGCUGUCGCUUUUGGCGCUCGGCCAUCCAGAAACAAACCACUUGGAUGACUACUAAUAGUUAUAGCCAGAUGUACUAAUACACAACAAAUCACGGUCCAGGAUCUGGGGAGCGUCAAUGAGUUCCUAUUUUGUGAAUCCCACCUUCCCGGGGAGCUUGCCUAAUGGGCAAGAGUCUUUCCUCGGGCAGAUCCCCCUCUACCCGGCUGGCUACGAGGCUCUGAGGCAUUUCCCAGCCUCGUAUGGGGCCGGCAGCCUGCAGGAGAAGACCUACUCCUCACCUUGCUUCUACCAACAGUCCACCAACACGGUCAUCGCCUGCAACCGGGCAUCUUAUGACUAUGGCGCCUCCUGCUUCUACUCAGACAAGGACCUGGGCGGCGCCUCCUCGCCCUCCGGCAGUGGCAAGCAGAGGGCCGGCCACCCUGGGGACUAUGUACCCUGCUUUGCUUCUGACCAGCAGUACAAACCCGAGAGCGGGUCAGCCAAAAUCCUGAAUGAGGAAGGCAGCGACCGGAAGUACACCAGCCCUGUUUAUCCCUGGAUGCAAAGGAUGAACUCGUGUGCUGGUACAGUAUAUGGAGCGCAUGGGAGAAGGGGCAGGCAAACCUACACCAGAUACCAGACCUUAGAGUUAGAGAAGGAAUUCCAUUAUAACAGAUACCUAACCAGAAGGCGACGGAUUGAGAUUGCAAAUGCCCUCUGCCUUACUGAACGACAGAUUAAGAUUUGGUUUCAAAACAGGCGGAUGAAGUGGAAAAAGGAAAGCAAACUGAUCAAUUCUACACAGCCCAGCGAAGACACAGAGGAAAAGCCAGGGGAGUAAAAUCAUGCUAGAGAAAGUUACCAGUCCUUUCCUUAAUCGCUCUAAAAUCUCUCCCCCGCCCCACAGCCCCAGUAUAUGUCUCCCGCUUCCAUAAAAAUCCUCUCAUUUUUUAAAAAAUGCUGACGAUUCUCAAAGGCUUGAUUAAAAUAUAUACAUAUUUAUAUAUAUAUACAUAUAUAUAUUUGCAAUUAACUGUGAAUUUCUUUAUCGAUAGAAUUAUUGAAUGUAGAGGUGUGUAGUGUAUACCUGGUCAGGUCUCCAAAGGAUAGAUUAGGAGGUUUAAAUGGCUUCAGAUAUCACCAGGACCUUUUUCUUAUUUUAAAUGGAAGUGUAGUUUCUCUGGCUGUAAUUUUAAUGGCAUGUUUUCCAGGAGGAAGCAAAAGCCAGUCGCUUGUUCAAACGGAAACCUCCAUAUUCUAGAAUGGUCAGAGAUGUACAGGCUUAUUUAUGUCUUUGCUGCUAAACCCGGGAGAGAUGGUUCCUCAUUGUUCUACUCCCUUUCACCUCAGACUUGAACACAUCUAUUUGGAACGAAGACCCGUUGAUUUCAACGGGGCUUGUUUCAAUGUUCCCCGUCAUGGUAACUUUAGGGCAGGAAAAUGUUAUGGAUCAAGCAAAACGUGUCUCCUUCUACGUAUGACUCGCA